AUGGGCACCUACAAACCUGGCGACCUCGUCGUGCUACACUCGCUUCGGAACCGCGCUGGUCUCAACGGCGCCUGCGGCCGCGUCGUUUAUGCCAAAGAGGAUGAGGAGGUUGCCGCCGACCGCCAUGCUGUCCAGGUGCAGCGCGCCGACGGGAGCACCGAGACGCUGGGAGUCAAGCCGACUAACUUGCGGCUGCCGAAGGAUCGGCUCGCUGCAAUCGUCAACACACAGCGCCCACUGCCACAGCGCCCAUUGCUUGCGAGCGCCGGGCAGCCGUCAGAGUCUGUCAAGCGGCACAAGGUGAGUCCGCAGCGCAUCCGGAUUUGCUCGUCCAACGUGCCGCCAGGGAUCGCGAGGAACGCGGUCAAGAACGGUCAGCAGGUCCUGUCCGGCGUGGAAGCGGACCCCGGCGGCGAGCAGUGGCAGGCGCGUGUGAAGACGAUGGCCGCGCAGUGGAGCGCCGUGAGGCCAGACGUGAUACUCCACCAGGAGCUGCACUCGGAGAAGUUGGAGCAGCUGCACCACGCCGUUGGCUGGCGCCUGCGGCCUGUGGAGUCCAAGUGGUGCUGCCCAAUCAGCUACAACCCGGACGUCCUGCAGCCGCUCUUCGCCGACCGCUUCGUGCUGGGCUCCGCGCCCGACAAAUUCCUCCCCGAAGGCGCGUGCAGGUGCAAGUUCGGCCAGUGGUCGUACAGCGCGUGCCACUGCUGGCCGGACGACGGCGAGUGGCGCGCCGGCGGCGCCACCUACGCCGCCUUCCGCUUUGUCGACUCGCCGCCCGCGCGUGUCGACAUCGUGUGUGUGUCGGUCGGCGCGCCGGUCGGCUGCGAGGCCACGCCGUGGGCCGGCGUCGCUUUACGGCUGCUGGUGUGUGGACAGGUGCACCUGACGGACCGCAAGCCGGACCUGCGGACGCGCGGCGCGCAGGAGGUGCUGGCGCCGCUGCUGCGGCUGCUGCGCGAGCGCUUCAAGGCGCCGGUGGUGUGCGGCGGCGACUUCAACAUGACCAAGCUCCAGUCGAGCGACAAGAGGAACAAGAACGGCGGUGGCGUCAACUGGCGUGUAGGCGCGUACGACGCGCUGGUGGGCAGCCACGCGCGGAGCUACGGCGAGGGCGAGAGCGUGGAGGCCGCCCACGUCACCAACCGGAAGCUGCUAGAGCUCGACCUGAACAACUUCUUGUGGCAGGGCGCCGACCCGAACUCGGACUACGAGGAGGACGAGCGGCUGCCGCCGCCCGUGAUGGUCGACACGUGGGAGGUGGCGCGAAUGGCCGGAACCACCCAGGCCAACGGGUGCAGAGCUUCAACGUGCCACAACUGGUUCGGCCUCUACAGAGGCUUCCAGAGGGCGCAGGUCUACUCGCAGGGGCCUGGCUCCAACAGCAUCGACGUCUACCAUGAGGGCGAGCAUGAGGGGGAGCAUGAGGGGGAGCACCGCGCCGUCGUGAGGGGCACGCGGCCCGUCUUCGGCAGCGCGCGCUACAUCGACUGGAUCCUGGUCGACUUUGCUAGCCUCAAGGAGGAGCGCGUCAAGGUGCUGGGCGCGAAAGUACACACCGCGCCGGGAACGCGUGAUCACGCGACCAUUCGCCGCCUGCCGGGGGCCUGGGGCGGCCAGAGCCGCGCGGGCGGGCCCAUGUGGAAACAGGACUCGGGGUGGGGGUCCGACCACUUCCCGAUCUCCACCUCGAGCUCAACCUCGAGCAGCGAGCGGACACGCCCCGGGACGGGUAGACUGAGGCUAAUCUGCAGUCACCGUACACUUACUGUUAAUACCUUGGUGUGUCUCUUGUACUGAGUGUGCUGGUACAGGGAAGAGUCGCACGUAGUACGCGUAAAAUUGUAUGGGUU